AUGGCGUUCAAAAAGUCAUGGCCAGAAUUCUCGCUGAGCAGCGGGCAACCGUUCACAAAUACCACGGUCAUCAUUGUUGGAGCCGGCAUUGGGGGCAUGUGCGUUGCCAUUGACCUGAUCAAGCGCAAUAAUUGCCGAGACUUUGUCAUUUUGGAGCAGUCUGCCGGGGUGGGUGGUACAUGGCACGCGAACACGUAUCCCGGCUGUGCUGUCGACUUGCAGUCCAUUGUCUACAGCUACAGCUUCGCUCCCAACAGCAAUUGGAGUCGAGAUUUUCCAGGGCAGAAAGAGAUUAUGUCUUACUUGACCCGGGUAGCGCAGGAGUACAGCCUCUAUGAACACAUCCGCUUCUGCUCCACUGCCGAAUCUGCGGUUUGGGAUGAUGAACUGAAGAAGUGGAACACGAGUGUGACUGUUGCCAAAGGUUCCAAAGACGCCGAGGCUACCUCUAACUACACAAUUUCUAGUGAUUUUUUUGUUAGCGCUGUGGGCCAGCUAAGUCAACCAAGAUGGCCAGAAAUUGAGGGGUUGGAUAGUUUUAAAGGGAAGAUUAUGCACAGUGCUGCAUGGGACUGGACAUACGACUUGAAAGAUAAGAGAAUUGCCGUUAUUGGAAGUGGCUGUAGUGCAGUCCAGAUCGUACCCGAACUCGCAAAAGUGGCAAAUAAGGUGACUGUUUUCCAAAGAACACCUCACUGGAUUCUACCGCGUGGGGACUAUGAGAUCUCAAACUUGAGAAAAACGAUGUACCGCUAUUUCCCUUUCUGGCAACGGUACUGGCGCAGACGAUAUGUGGAUCUCAACGAAACGGAGUACACUUCUAACAACUUCGCUGAACAUGAGGAAAAUAAAAAGCUGAAACAAGCAGCUCUGAACAUGAUGCACGAGCAGCUACCAAACCAGCCUGAGCUGUGGAAGAAGCUGACACCCGAUUACCCCGUGGGGUGCAAGCGAGUGGUCGUCUCAGACUUCUUCUUCCCGGCUCUGAAUCUCCCUCAGGUUGGACUUGAAGUAAGGCCUAUUCACAGCAUCACAGACCAUACCGUGCGUCUCGUUGGUACUGGGGGUCACGUAGAGGAUGCGGACUGUCACUACGAUCUUAUAGUUAUGGCGACUGGCUUUCGAUCUACCGACUUUCUGCACCCAAUGAAGAUCUUCGGCCGAAAUGGUCGUGCCUUGCAUGAAAUGUGGAAAGAUGGCGCUAAAGCCUACCGGGGCACCUGUGCCGAUGAUAUGCCGAAUUUUGGGAUGAUCCUAGGACCCAACACUGGCUUGCUACAUAACAGCUUCAUUCUCAUGAUUGAGGCCCAAAGCAGGUAUAUUAACGGCUUGAUCAAGCCGGUGAUAGAAGCCCGAAACCAAGGAGGGGUGCUGAGCCUUACACCGCGCCCGGAGAAAACCGAAGAGUACAAUGCGAAGCUGCAACGCCGGCUCAAAUCUUUCGCCGUGAACAGCUCCCAAUGCACUAAUUGGUACAAGACUGAGUCAGGGCUGAUCACCAAACUUUGGCCAGGAAUGGUGCUAGAAUUCCAGAAACUGAUGGAGCAGGUGAACUAUGACGACUAUGAAUCUGAAGGGUCUUCCAAACACAUCGUGCAAUCGCGACCUCUAUAUAAGGUGGGCCGCGUUGUCGAAGAGGGUGGGAUUCUAGAAAACCUUUCCUUGGUGAAUAUUGCAGUGCUUGGCACAAGUGUGGUUGUUGGUGGGCUAUUGAUGCACAGGCUGAUCUGA